AUGCCGACUUGUGAUGUGGCGAAUAUAGGCAAUGUGACGGCGGAGCUGGAGAUCCAGAGGUUACAACAAGAGCAGCUUCGUCGGCAAGAAUUGGCGAGACGGGGCCAGCAUGGCAUGUACCCAGGCCCUCCCCUAGCACUACUGCCGUUGUUGGAGCAGAUGCGGCAACAGCCACCACCGCCAAAUGUACAAAACGCAGGAUGGCAAGCACAAGCUCAAGCGCAGCUAGCCCAGCUAUCAGCCGCGAACGCCCGCUCUCCCCCACCGCAAGACCCCGACGCACCCCUGAACCUGAGCAAGCAGCGGUCACCGUCACCUGCGCAGCCAAUGAUGUUGCCUCGCUUUGUGCCAUACUCCCCGAUGGAUGAAACACCAUACAACAUGCCGAAGGACGAAGACUUUAAUGCUGCUUGUAAUACAUCGUCUUGGAGUCAAUCACCUUCAGAGGAUGCAGAAAAAGCCAAGUUGGUCCGUCAACCGCGACGUGACGAGGCUGGCAAACCCCAUAUCAAGCGACCCAUGAAUGCUUUCAUGGUAUGGGCUAAAGACGAACGCAGGAAGAUCCUCAAGGCGUGUCCUGAUAUGCACAACUCUAAUAUAUCCAAAAUUCUCGGCGCGCGGUGGAAGGCCAUGUCCAACGCUGAAAAACAACCCUAUUAUGAAGAACAGUCCAGAUUGUCUAAAUUGCAUAUGGAGAAGCAUCCUGAUUAUAGGUACCGCCCAAGACCGAAAAGAACAUGCAUAGUCGACGGCAAGAAAAUGCGGAUAUCUGAAUACAAGAACUUAAUGCGGACUCGCCGGCAGGAGAUGAGACAGCUGUGGUGCAGAGACGGUGGUAGUGAGCUUGGUUUCCUUCCACCUUCGUUGUCUUCACCGGGACCAUCGAACUCCUCCCCACCUCCGAACGGCGGCAAUUACAUGAACCCAGCGUUCUCGCCCCCGCUAUCCCCCAGAGAGGAAGAUUGA